ACCGAAAGUGCUUGAACAUUCUAUGUAAGCGGUUUGCAAUGUUCCUCUGUUCACUCAAAUGUUCCUCUGUCAUCAAUCUUCAACAACACACAACACGAGUUCUAGAAACAGUAAACAAAGAAAGAAAUAGCGGUUUCAUUCAUCUCUGCAAGACACACCACAAAAUAUAGUAACAAAACCUCGUUUAAAUAAUUAUGGCCAUGGAAACCGAAGUUGCCACCACCACUCCACAGUUGGCCCUGUCUGAUACAGACAUCAACUGGGACAGAUUGGAUAAGACUAGGUUCCAUAUCAUUGGUGCAAUACUUUUCACAGCUCAAUCAGCAUUACUUCAUCCAACAGCAGUGGUGAAAACAAGGAUGCAAGUAGCUAGUUCAGGACUCUCUAACAUGAAGGGAGUGUCAGUGUUCACUCACAUUUUGAAGAGUGAUGGAAUUCCUGGAAUCUUUAGAGGUUUUGGUACUUCUGCUAUUGGAUCAAUGCCUGGUAGGGUUUUAGCCCUCACAUCUCUUGAGAUGUCAAAGGAUAUUGUGUUGAAACACACUCAAGGUAGUGAUAUUCCUGAAGCAUCACGUAUUGGCCUUGCAAAUGGAGUUGCUGGCAUGGUUUCAAAUUUGGUAUCUUGUGUUUAUUUUGUGCCCUUGGAUGUGAUUUGCCAGAGAUUAAUGGUUCAAGGCCUACCUGGAACUUCCUCUUGUCGAGGACCAUUUGAUGUUAUCCGAAGAGUAGUGCAUGCGGAGGGCUUUCGUGGUUUGUAUAGAGGUUUUGGAUUAACGGCUGUUACGCAAUCUCCAGCAUCUGCACUUUGGUGGGGUUCAUAUGGUGCAGCACAACACAUAAUUUGGAGGAGUUUGGGAUAUAAAGAUGAUAUGGAUAUGAAACCGUCACAUGUGGAAAUGGUUACAGUUCAGGCUACUGCUGGGAUGGUGGCGGGUGCUUGUUCCUCUGUUAUCACUACUCCCAUAGAUACAGUUAAAACACGACUUCAGGUUAUGGACAAUUAUGGUUCGGGAAGACCAUCCGUACUGAAGACGACAAGAACUCUCCUUAACGAAGAUGGAUGGUGGGGAUUUUACCGAGGGUUUGGACCAAGAUUUUUGAAUAUGUCACUUUAUGGAACAACUAUGAUUGUUACUUAUGAACUCAUAAAGAGAUUAUCGGUACGACCAAGUUUGAGUUCUUUUGGCUAAGAAGUGCAACCUUACUGAGAUGGAGAAGACAAAGAAUCAAGCUUGACUUUAGCAUUCCUAACCUGUGUUUAGUGACAGCUGAUGGAUGGAUUCCUUCAUCCUCAAGCAUUGUGUUUAGUGACAGCUGAUGGAUAGAUUCCUUCAUCCUCAAGCAUUGCAUGAUGCAGUACGAGAAAAUAUGAUAGGUCUGACCUUCUCGUACUUUAUCGUGCAGUGCCAAAUGUUUCUUACAAUAGAAAUAACAAUAUAUUCUUUCGGUAUUA